AUGCGCGAUCAGAUCGAGGGGUUUAGUGAUGAUAUUGCGAUGUCGGAUUUGAAUGAGCUGCUUGGGGUGGAUGCUACGACGAAUAAGCGGCCUGGGUUAUCGAGUCGGACGGCGAGUUUGUUGGCGAGUCUUGAUCGGUCGAAGUCCGGGUCUUCUGGCGGGGUGUCGUCAGGUCGGAGGGGGCGUGUUGAUGUGGAAGAGGAGGUGGAUGAAGUGGAGGAAGUGGUUCCGUCUCGGAAGACUAAGGCGCCACGGAGGACGGCUACGAAGGCUACGAGUGCGGAUAAGGAGGCCAAGGCGCGGGAGAGAGAGGCGAUGAAGGCGCAGCGCGAGCGGGAGAAACAGCUAGAGAAGGAGCGGAAGCAGAAGGCCAAGGAGGAGAAAGCGCGGGAGAAACAACUUGCGGCCGAUCUCGCGGAGGUGAAUAAGCUGAAGGUGGAUAAGAAGGAGUCCACGCCGGAGAUGAUCAUCGAUCUUGCGAGGGAAUUCGAGGGAUUGAGCGUGGGUAAUCAGACGGUCGAGUUUAUGAAACGGCUCAAGGUCGAGCAGACGUUUUUCGACAGCGAGAUUCCUAAUGUUGUGAAAUGGCGACGGAAGGUCAUGGCUAAGUACAACGAUACCCUAGGCCACUGGGAACCAUGUGCACUUCAUAUCCGCGAAGAAGAACACGUUCUUGUUCUCGUAACUGCGCAAGAGUUCGUCGACAUGGUGAUAGACACCUCAUCCAACACAAACGACCUCGACCACCACGUCCACCGACUCAAAUCCGCCUACGCCAACUGCAAACCAAUCUAUCUAAUCGAAGGCCUCACAGCCUGGAUGCGCAAGAAGAACAACUCCCGAAACAGAGCCUACCAAGCUGAAGUCCGCCGCCAAUACUCCCAAUCCCAAACCCAAGACCAACCCACCACCACCACUUCCCGCCGUAAGAAAACAACAACAGUCAACAAACCCGAAACCGCACCCCCAGUAUCCGACGACACAAUUGAAGACGCCCUCCUCUCCCUCCAAGUCACGCACUCCUGUCUCAUCCACCACACCAACGCACCCCCCGAAUCAGCCGAAUGGAUCAAAAACUUCACAGAACACCUCUCGACCGUCCCCUAUCGCCGCGAAAGAAUGGAAGGCAAUGACUCCGCCUUCUGCAUGGACGGAGGCCAGGUCAAACCUGGCGAAAACAAAUCCGAUACCUUUAUCAAAAUGCUCCAGGAAGUGAACCGUGUCACGGCGUCCAUGGCAUAUGGCAUUGCGACUCAAUACCCAAGUGCCGUCGAUCUAGUCCGCGGAAUGCGAAGACAUGGUCCGGCCAUGUUGGAGGAUGUAAAGAAAUCCGCAAAUAGAAACGGUGCACUAACGGAUUCCCGUAUCGGACCGGCGGCAAGUAAACGCCUCUACAAGGUCUUUAUGGGUCUAGAUCCAUCUGCAACUGAUAUUUGA